AUGAUGACCAAAGUGAAGACCCAGGGCCUUGUGUCCGACUUAAUGCCAAAUAUUAAGUUGAUGCAAGCAGCAGGACAUUUUUUGUUUAAUUACCAUUCAGACAAUGCGGGAAUGUCAGUUCUGCUCCGCAAGGUGUACUCCUGCGUCCAUGCUUUCUUGAUUGUCAUCCAUUUCGUCUGUAUGGGUAUCAACAUGGCAAAGUACUCUGACGAAGUAAAUGAGUUGACCGCUAAUACUAUAACCGUCCUAUUCUUUGCCCAUACGCUCAUCAAAUUGGUGUUCUUUGCUAUCACGUCUAAGAACUUUUACAGGACUCUUGCGGUAUGGAACCAGUCGAACAGCCAUCCUCUAUUCACCGAGUCAGACGCAAGAUACCACCAAAUGGCCCUAACUAAGAUGAGGAGGCUUCUCUAUUUCAUUGGCGGAAUGACCAUCUUUACUGUUAUCUGCUGGGUUACGAUCACGUUCUUCGGAGAAUCGGUACGUCUGAUGGUAAACAAGGAGACGAAUGAAACCCUCACUGAAGAAGUACCCAGACUGCCACUCAAGGCGUGGUACCCUUUUGAUGCUAUGAGCGGCACUAUGUACAUAGUUGCGUUUGUUUUUCAGAUCUACUGGCUCCUCUUCUCGAUGGCCAUCGCGAACCUCCUGGACGUUAUGUUCUGCUCCUGGUUGAUCUUCGCUUGUGAACAGCUGCAGCAUUUGAAGGCCAUCAUGAAACCUCUGAUGGAACUAAGUGCUUCAUUGGAUACGUAUCGACCUAAUACCGCGGAGCUGUUCAAAGUUUCCUCCACUGGUAACAAUGCUUUUAAAACUAUCGCAUUCAAUAAUAUGGGUAACGAGCCAAUUGACAUGGAUAUCAGAGGAAUAUAUUCAACCCAGCAGGAUUUCGGGAUGACGUUGCGCGGUGCUGGUGGUAGGCUACAGAACUUUGGAAUGAACCCAAGCAAUCCUAAUGGAUUGACCCAAAAGCAGGAGAUUUUAGCGCGAUCAGCCAUCAAGUACUGGGUUGAAAGGCACAAACACAUUGUUAGAUUAGUAUCUUCAAUAGGAGAUACCUAUGGGACAGCUCUGUUAUUCCACAUGCUGGUAUCAACUAUUACCUUGACAUUGCUGGCUUAUCAAGCAACUAAGAUCAACGGAUUGAAUGUCUAUGCCUUUAGUACGGUAGGUUACCUGAGCUACACUCUUGGGCAAGUGUUUCACUUCUGCAUAUUCGGAAACAGGCUUAUUGAAGAGAGCUCAUCAGUCAUGGAAGCGGCGUACUCAUGCCAGUGGUACGAUGGGUCCGAAGAGGCAAAGACUUUUGUACAAAUUGUAUGUCAGCAAUGUCAGAAAGCAAUGAGCAUUUCCGGAGCCAAGUUCUUUACUGUCUCUCUGGAUUUGUUUGCAUCUGUCCUUGGAGCAGUUGUGACUUACUUUAUGGUGUUGGUACAGCUUAAAUAAUUCUUCA